AUGGUCAGACUUUCUACACAAUCCAGGUUUUGCGGGUCAGAUAAACUCAUCCUUUUUUGGGUUAAAUACCUCCAUAUAAUGCACACGUCAUCUGAGCAAAAUAUCUACAUAGGAGAACAGGUGAAUUCAUUUACAGACCAAACCACCAGUCGGAGAUUUAAUCGUCCCGUAGACCAGCCUUUACAGUAUAACAGUCUUACAUCUCGUACAAUGAACUUCAAUAGAAUUCUCAGUCAUGGGAUUUCAAUGCCAGUCUCUGGAACAUGGCAUCCAACUGACUUCAGGCAACCCGAUUACUUACUUCUUCAACCUACACCUAAAAGACGACGAACUUCCUCUGGAUCAACAGGACUUUCUCGCCGAUAUUGUACAUCCUCCAGGAAUGGUCAUUUUUCUGGCGAUUUACCGGUGCAUUCAUCUAGAAAUCUUUCCUAUAUGUCUGAAAUGUCUAACCAUCGUUUUAUCAGAUCGUUGGAUCCACGUAAUUCUGAAAACGUUUUCCAAAAUAAUAUUUUUAUGAAUGCCCGUCCAAUACAUCAGCAUUGGCCCCAGGUACUACCAACAUCUCAGCAUCCUAAUCGUUGGCAGAAUGAACUUCGACAGGUUACCAGUUUAGUAUCUGUUGCUGCUGUUGCAGCCGCCGCCGCAGCUGCUGCUACACAAAAUAGUACACACUACCAACAGUCUUUCAUAUCACCGACUACGACUGUCAGUUCCUCAGAGGUACCUUGUCCUAGCAGUCAGCAUUAUGUUGGUAUCACACCACGAGCAGCUAAAGGUUUUACUUCGUCUAGAUCUAGUUUUGUUAAACGUCCAAGCUAUCAAUUUUCAUUUCCUAAUGGAGUUGGAAGUAAUAAAAGAAGAUCGGACUUUCCAGAAGCUAAUGAAACCCACAGUCAAAUUAUUAUCAACAAUGGACAUUCAUAUCAUGAAUUCGCUGUCACUGAUAAAGACCUACCUUUACCGUCACCAUCCUCUUUCUCAUCGUCAUUAACAUCUGCAUUACUUUGUAAUCCUCAAUUGAAUUCUUGCCCACCAGAUAUCAUUGGUUCAGUCUCUUCAUGUACUCGUCAUAAUUUACAAUCUGAAAAUAAAUACGCUACUAUUAGAUCUGAUUCAGAAAAUACUAUCAACUGUAGUCCUGUUGAAGAAUCUUCCGAUUCCAUUGUAACAAGUGCUACAGUUAGUAAUGCUGCAGACCUAAUUCAUCGAACUGUGGUUGAACAGCUAGAUCUACUGACAACUGUUCAGAAUUCACCUCAUAAUAUUGAUCAUAAUAAUGAUUUGUUAUCAUUUACAUAUGUUACAAACUGUAAUACCGCUCCAAUUGUUGAAUCAAAUAAUAAUGAUAAUGAGUCGAUGAAUAAAUCGAUUGAUGACUCUCAUCAUCGUCACCAACAAAAACCAGUCAUCCACACAAUAGGAUCUAAUAAUAUUAAACUACCACAAACUGAUCCUCAUCAUCAGUCCAGUUCAGUUAUACCAAAUAAAAAUCCGAUCACCUCUUGUUUUAAUGACUUGAACUCAAAUGAACCGAUCACUUCAUCAAUACCCCACUGUAAUAUCGACGAAAAUAUACAGUUCACAUCAUCUUGUUUUCCCCAUUCUGAAUUAAAUGAGUCAAGUACAAACUUCGUAAUAUCAUCUACUUCUCAAACAGAAGUUGGUGGUGGUGGUUGUGGUGAAGAAGCGACCGUCGUGGCAGCAGCGGCGGUCGUCGCCUCUGCUGCAGCUCAUGCAGUCGCUGCUGCUGCUCAAGCUGUUUCCGCUGCUGUUCAUCAUCGACGAGCAUCAUCAUCAUCGUCAUUAGAUCAAGCCAUUUCAUCCCAAUUGAAUGAAUCUAUUCUUAUGCAUACACUACCUAAUCAAUCGACUAUUCAUCAUCCACUUAUUCAUUGUUCAUCAUCAUCGGUUGGAUGUUACGAUAACUAUCCUUCGACAAAUCAAUUGAUUUCUUCUGAUUUAUAUCAUCAUCACACUGGUCAUAGUAGUAUGUUACAUGAGCAUGAACUUAAUUAUAGACAAUCUCAGUUAUUAGCUAAUUUGUCAUCGGGAAAUAUGUUAAAUUCUUUUAGUGUUCAGCCAUCCACAACUUGUAAUUUCUCUUCGUCUCAGUCUAUUUUUCAUCCUUCAAAUUUAUACUCAUCUAUGUCUAUUGAUAACAGAAAUAAUAGUUUCACCUGCGAUUCAAGAAUCAAUUUACACAUUCCGAAUAUUUGCACAGGCCAAAUUCCAUCGUCUUCUAUGUUACAUCCAAUUAUACCAGCUUUCUCCACUUCCAAUGGUUUAACUCUCAUUCGAAGUACUAAUGAAUUUGGUGACGCUUCUUAUCCACUAGCGACAGUCCGAUGUAUUACAAGUGAACCGCCCGAAAACAGUUUUGAGUUCACAAUGCGUACUUCAGGAUUUACUGGACCCCAUACAGCACGAUCACAUUUCAUCACUACACCAUUGACCUUCUCAAAUAGUGUGGAAUCGACUUUACUGAAUAAUAAUUUUUCAACUCCUAUCAAUCCAUCUCAUUAUCAUCAGACAUCUAUUCAUCCGAAUCUAACUACAGUGGCUACAGAAGUUGCCGCUGCUGUUGCUUUAGCUGCAAAUCAUUCAUCCUCAUCUGUCAUAAAUCGAUGUACUGAUCCUAGCCAAAUAAGUUUUCUGCCAAACAAUAUUGUAGGCUUAUCACGUGGCUCUUCUAACCCAUCUUUUUCUCCAUAUUUCCCUCCAUCGUUUCCUUCCGCUACACCAAUCCCUCUAUUGCCGUUGAGAUCACCACAGUUAUCGAUUAUCGGUUCAUCUACACUGGCUACAACUCGUGGAGUAAAUACUUUACUACAAUUUCUUCGAUUAAUUCAUCAAAGACCCGACUCCUAUGCAUUACCCUAUUAUCCUUCUGCUAUGACUGCUACAGCUGGUGGCUCUAAUCAAAGUGUUGUUGUCAGUGCUUCAGCUGGGAUAGCUAAUGGAACUCGAGUUGCAUCAGCUGUUACACCACCUCUAUUAUCACACCAUCCUAUUGUUCCUCUUCAAGCAUCAUUUUUAUCUAAUUAUACAGAAAGAGAACAUAUUACUACGCAAGAUAAUAAUCUAUUCAUAAAUAAUCAACAAACAUCGAUCUCACCAUCAAUUGGUAUUCAACCAAUCACUUCAGCGACUGCAGCAUUAGCCGUUGCUAUGGCCGCUGCUGUUGCUUUACAACAACAAAAUCAUAGACAUUCAUCAUCAAAUGCUAUUUCUAUGCUUACAUCAUCUAGAGUUGCACCGACUACACCUUCAAUACCAGUUCCAAUAUUGCAUGCUCAUUUAUAUUAUCCUAGAAAUGUAACAACUGUACAACAAUUACAUAAUGCACAUCAACAAUGCUAUCAUAAUCAUUAUGGUAGUAGUGCUGGUGGUGGUGGAGUACAGUAUCACAACAGUCAUUCUCAAAGACCUGCUUCUACGCCUAAUACAUCAACUAGUAGUUGUUUAUCAGUUAAUCCGGUGAAUUCGUUAUUUUCAGCAUCUAGUAUAGGUGUCAGUGGUGGUAGUGGCGGUGGUACAACAUCGCCAGCAUGUCUGUCCAAUUUAUUCCCAUUUUUAUUAGCUGUUCCUCCACCACCUACAGCACUACGACCGUUACCACUGCCUGUUUCAAACAAUCCGUCCAUUACAAAUUUCCCUGUCAGUGACUUAUCGGAAACAUUAUUUGCUCAUUAUACUGCUGCUGCUGCUGCCGCCGCCGCUGCCGCCACUGAUCAUUCUACUGUAUUUUCACAUAGAAAUUCAAUUUUACCUCAGACCGUGCCGGAUCCAACUUCAGCAGCUACGGCGGCCGCUGCAGCAGCGGCUGUCGCAGCAGCUGCUGCGGCGGCUAGUGUUGAUCAACUGUUACAUUUGGCAGUUCAAUUAGAAUCGAACAAUGGUCGUGGUCUUAGUAAAGAGGAGUUGGAAAGUUUACCUAUUCGUUUGUAUACAUCAAAACAUUCUGACAGUUUGUCUAGUGGUAAACCGAACACUAAUAUUUGUAAUGAAGUAAAAACCAACGCACAGAAUGAUGUAUCUGAAUGUGAUAGAUGUAUGAUUUGUUUAGAUGACUAUGCAGAUAGUCAACAAAUUCGUCAAAUGCGUUGUUUGCAUGAAUUUCAUGCAAAUUGUGUCGACAAAUGGUUAAAGACAAAGCGUACAUGUCCUUUAUGUCGUGCUGAUGCAUUCACUGGAAGUCAACAUAAAGAUGACUACUUUUAA